UGGAGAGGGGCAUGUUCCCAACAUUUCCUCCUCAGGGGGUUGGUUGCUCGGUCUUUGUUGUGAGCUGCAUGGCUUUCCUUUUCUGCAGCACAGACUUUGAGGUUAUACUUGGGAGUCAAGUACCUGAAAAGAAGAAUAUGAAAAUAAUAGGGGACAGACAUUUUAGCAGGGCCUGUUGUGAUAGGACAAGGGGUAAUUGUUUAAGCUAAAAGAAGGGUGAUCCAGACUAGAAAUAAGGAAGAAAGCUUUUAUGAUGGUAUGGUGAGACACUGGCACAGCUUCUGUUUGCUGAGCUCUGCCAAGAACUGGGAGUGAGUCUUGCUGGUAUGGGCUCUUUGGGUAAGGGACUCUACCUUAAGGCCCUUAUGCAAGUCUCUUCACGUAAUAGCUUCGGAAAAAUUCACUGUGGCAUUAGCUGUUGCUUGUCCCACAUCUGCGUUAAUUUAGUGCUUUCAGACUGAGGAUGACUGAACAUGUGAAGCCAUCUGGGUUUGCAUGGCGGCUCACUCCUUCCUCUUCUCUUACUGAAGUAUAAAGUUAGAUAUGUAAUAAAAACUGUAAUCACUUUGGUGUUUGGUUAAACUUGAACUAAUGAACGAUGAGGUAAUGGUUGCUUUUUUCCAAAUGGGUUCAAUGUUUUCUACAAUUUCUUUAUAUUUACUCAGUGCUUAGGAAUCUUUUGGUUGUUUCUCCUGUUUUUUCUUUUAGCCCAGGCUCUUUGCUUGGCUAACAGCUCCCCUUAUUUGCUGUGGCCUUACCCAGUAAAAGUAGAUGCCAGUCAAAUCUGUAAUUUUUAGAUUAUACAACUGUUCUGCUAAUGCUGUUCAGAAAGCAGCAGAAAAGACAGAAGAACAAAGCAGGAGAGUAGAAAACAUUCUAUUUUUAGGACAAGAUUGGUUUAUCUCAUACUUAUCCUAGCUAGGGGGAUAGUGUUUCCAGAGACGGAAAGGGCUGCAUAAGACUUGAGUUAAAAUUAACUGCCUGGCAGUCUACAAGCAUGGAGCCUGCACAAGAGCCACAGGAGCUGGGGCCUCAGACAGAAAUGAUUGCAGACACGAUUCUUGAGGUUGGAGAGAGACUCUUCCAGGUCAGCCGUAGGGUGCUUUCAGUACACAGUCGGUAUUUUGAAGCCAUGUUUUUUGGAGGAGCAAGAGAGAGCUCUGAACAGCACAUAGUGAUCAAAGGGAUCGAUGCAGUGCCAUUUCAAGCACUACUCGAGUUCACUCGCACAGCCCAAGUGCUCAUAGAUCAAGAAAAUGUGACCAGCUUACUGGAAACAGCUGAUUUUUUUCAGUUUGACAGGGUGAAACUGUUGUGUGAGAAAUUUCUGGAGCGAGAACUGCAUGUUUCAAACUGCCUGGGCUUGAUGACCUACUCACAGCAAUUUACCUUUACAGAGUUAUAUGUGUCUGCUAUGAAUGUGGCUCUCACUCACUGGGGGGAUGUGAUAUGCCAGGAAGAAUUUAAGGCAUUACCCAAGGAAAUGCUGGUGCAGCUCCUGAAGAGUGAUGACCUCUUCAUUUCAAGAGAGGAUGUGGUUUUUGACAGUAUUAUGAUUUGGAUAAUGGAGGACCCAGCAACAAGAGAGGAAGAAUUUCUGGAUUUGGUGGGCGAAGUCAGGGUCACUUUUCUGAGUUUGUCCUUCCUUGAUAUCUUGGUGAAACGCAGCAAGCGUGCUGGAGAGACAGAUAUCUUUUCCAGACUAAUAAAGAAGCUAGACAGCUGUCCCCCACCCAGCUGGCAAAAUCCGAAACUGUGUCCUUAUGCUGGCCGGAGCUAUGACACCUUAUAUGUCCUGGGAGGAAAGCAUGACAAGGAACAGCAAGAAUUAUUUCUCUUUCAACCUAAAACAGGGACCUGGCAGGCUUGUUCUCCACUGCAGUGCAAGAACCUCACCCAGUAUGCAGUGGCAGCAGUAGGGAGCUUCCUUUUUGUGACAGGAGGAUAUUUCCGGGAUGAAUUUGUGUGGUACAGUGUGGAUUGGGUGCUCAUCUACAACUGCUUGGACAAUUGCUGGCUGGAAGGACCAGCCAUGAAGAGGUCUCGCAAUAGCCACUGUGCAGUAGGAGUAGGGCUCUACUUGUAUGUUCUCGGAGGGAGCACAGAUGAAGGGAUAAUCCCAGCAGUGGAGCGCAUGGCUUUGAUGGAGUCAGAGUGGGAAAGCAUGAGUCCUAUGGCUCAGCCUGUGGAGAGAGGUGACGCGGUCAGUGUGGGAACCAGGAUCUAUGUGGUCUGUGGCCUGGAUGAGAAUGGACACGUAUAUGAUGGAGUGCAAAGGCUGAACACGGAGACAGACAGCUGGGAUGUCAUCUCGUUCUCCCCUCUUCCAAGGUAUGACCUCUGCAUCACAUCCCUGAAUGGGGCUCUGUACACUGUAGGAGGGGAAGCUUUUCGAUUUGAUGUGGAGACAGAUGAAUGGACCCAGGUGAAUGAGGAAUGCUUGAGCCAGAAGUUCUUCAUGGGAUGCAGCACCGUGAAUGGACAAAUUUAUCUCCUUGGACAGCGGAAGGGAAACAGCACCUUCCCCAUUGUAGUCCUCUUUGAUCCCUACACUGAUGUGUGCCAGGUCAUAGAUAACAAACUCCCUUGCCCCCUUCCUAUUCAUGGCUGUGUCUCUGUGCGAAGAUUUGAUACGUGGGCGUAAGAGUGGAAGGUCAUGUGCUUUACAGCUGAAGGGAGUUAGAUUGCAUCAACUUUGGCCUGUGACAUUUUAAAAAUUUUGUUCCUUUGUAAUUUCACCUUUUCUUUUCUACUUGACAAAUGAACUUGAAGCAAAGCCAGUGCAAACUUUGUCUACACAAAGGAUGCAGGUCAUUAUUGAAAAUGGUGACUGGUAUUGCUAUGGUAUAUAAACUCCUUAGGGUUGAUGCUCAGUAAAGGGCUGUUCUGACCUUUAAA